CUGUUUCGUCUCUCUCUCACUUUGCUCUUUCAUGAAGAAAAAUUGAUCCUUUCGCGUUCAUAUUACUUGUGUCCUAAGAUUUCUUGAAGAAAAAUAGUCAAACCUUGAAAGAAACUUAGCAUGAAAUCUUGUUUUUAACUUUUAUCAGGCUAAGCCACAUAAAAUGGUGAUUUGAUGGUGGGUUCUUGUUUUUUUUCCUAUCAGCAUAGGAUCUGAGCUUGAGUUCUUGAUUGUGGUAUUGGUUUUUGGAAUCUGGGAUUAAAGGUUGUUGCAAAAUUUUGUCAAAGUUUGCUGUUGUUUGAAGAAGUUUGGCAUACAGUUACUGGUCUCCGUAUUAUCGGUUGGCGGAGAUGUCAAGCUAUGUUGGAGUUCUUGUCUCUGAUCAAUGGCUUCAAAGCCAGUUCACACAAGUUGAGCUUCGCAGCCUCAAGUCUAAAUUUAUAUCUAUAAAGAAUCAAAAUGGAAAGGUUACAGUGGGAGAUUUGCCACCUUUGAUGGUGAAAUUGAAGGCUUUUAGUACUAUGUUCACAGAGGAGGAUAUCAAGGGGAUCUUGGCAGAGUCAUAUCCUGACACAAGCGAUGAGAUUGGUUUUGAAGCUUUUCUUAGGGCAUAUCUGAAUUUGCAAGGUCGAGCUUCCACAAAAUUGGGCAAUGCGAAGAACUCUUCAUCGUUUCUUAAGGCUGCCACGACCACGCUUCUUCACACAAUUAGUGAAUCAGAGAAAGCAUCAUAUGUUGCUCACAUAAACAGCUAUCUUGGGGAUGAUCCUUUUCUGAAGCAGUUUCUUCCCUUAGACCCAGCUACGAACGAUUUAUUUGAGCUUGCAAAAGAUGGAGUUCUUCUAUGUAAGCUAAUUAAUGUUGCUGUGCCCGGAACAAUAGAUGAACGAGCUAUCAACACAAAACGGGUACUCAACCCAUGGGAGAGGAAUGAGAAUCACACUCUGUGCCUCAACUCUGCAAAGGCUAUUGGCUGUACAGUGGUUAACAUUGGUACACAGGAUCUGAUUGAAGGAAGAUCUCAUCUGGUACUUGGAUUGAUUUCCCAAAUUAUAAAGAUCCAACUGUUAGCAGAUCUCAACCUUAAGAAGACACCUCAACUUGUGGAAUUGGUGGAAGACAGCAGUGAUGUUGAGGAGCUUAUGGGAUUGGCCCCUGAGAAAGUCUUAUUAAAAUGGAUGAAUUUCCAUCUGAAAAAGGCAGGAUACAAGAAACCUGUCACAAAUUUUUCUUCUGAUUUGAAGGAUGGUGAGGCUUAUGCUUACCUGCUUAAUGUUCUUGCACCGGAACACUGUAGUCCAGCCACAUUAGAUACAAAGGAUGCCAGUGAAAGAGCUAAACUGGUACUUGACCAUGCUGAGAAGAUGGACUGCAAACGAUAUUUAACCCCAAAAGACAUAGUUGAGGGAUCAACAAACUUGAAUCUUGCAUUUGUGGCACAAAUAUUUCAUCAAAGGAGUGGCUUGACUACAGAUAGCAAAAAUGUUUCAUUUGCGGAGAUGAUGACAGAUGACGUGCUUACAUCUAGAGAAGAGAGAUGCUUUCGACUGUGGAUUAACAGUCUUGGAGUUGCUACUUACUGUAAUAAUGUGUUUGAGGAUGUCAGGACUGGAUGGAUACUUCUAGAAGUACUAGACAAAGUUUCCCCUGGAUCAGUUAACUGGAAGCAUGCAUCAAAGCCACCCAUUAAGAUGCCGUUUAGAAAAGUAGAGAAUUGCAAUCAAGUUGUAAGGAUUGGAAAGCAAUUGAAAUUUUCCCUUGUGAAUGUUGCUGGAAAUGAUAUCGUACAAGGAAAUAAGAAGCUCAUACUUGCUUUCCUAUGGCAGUUGAUGAGAUAUAAUAUGCUUCAGCUGUUGAAAAACUUGCGAUCCCGCUCCCAAGGGAAGGAGAUCACUGAUGCAGAUAUUCUUAAUUGGGCAAACAACAAAGUCAAAAGUACUGGCAGAACUUCUCAAACGGAGAGCUUCAAGGAUAAGAGUCUGUCUAGUGGAUUAUUCUUCCUUGAGCUUUUAAGUUCCGUGGAGCCGAGAGUGGUGAACUGGAAUCUUGUCACCAAGGGUGAAAGUGACGAGGAAAAGAGGUUGAAUGCUACAUACAUAAUUAGUGUGGCUCGAAAACUCGGCUGUUCCAUUUUCUUGUUACCUGAGGACAUCAUGGAGGUAAACCAGAAGAUGAUCCUCACAUUAACCGCCAGCAUUAUGUACUGGAGCCUGCAACAACAUGUGGAAGAGGCAGAGUCAUCUCCCUUCUCCUCGCCUGCACCUUCCCCAACCUCGGCUAACGGCCAUGGUUUGGCUACUCCUGAGGCAUCCCCAGCUAACAGUGUGGCUACUCCUGAGGCAUACUCGGCUAACAGUGUGGCUGCUCUUGAGGCAUCCCCGGCUAACAGUGUGGCUACUCUUGAGGCGUCCCCGGCUAACAGUGUGGCUACUCUUGAGGCAUCCCUGACUAAUGGCCAUAUUAUGGCUACUCCUGAGGCGUCCCCAGCACCGUCUAUUAGCGGUGAAGAUGAAACCUCAUCUCUGGGUGGUGAAGUUUCAAACUUGACCAUCGAAGAGGCUACCUCCUCUCUGGGUGGUGAAGUUUCAAAUUUGACCAUCGAUGAUACGGCUUCCUCUGUGGGUGGUGAAGUUUCAAACUUGGCCAAUGACGAUGUAGCGUUCGACUCCACAGUCUCUUCUCAGGUCGAUAAUGAGGAUGUGCCUGUCAGAUAAUGAACACAGAAUACGUCCACGCGAUUGGAUAUGAUAGAAAUAAGAAAGAAAAAUGAACAUAUUUACAGUUAGGUAAAACCUACUAUCUCUUUACCCUAUCUGGAGAAUACAGGGGAAAGAAUUUUGUGAAGUUUGUUAUACCUAAGAAAGAGGUGCUGCCAAUAUAUUUUUUUUAUUAUUUUGGUAGACUAUUUCAGAUGUAUUCUUUGACAAUAAUAGCAUUUGAUAAUGUUGAAUAAUGUAAAUUAGUAAACAUAAUUUUGUAUGAACAAGGAUUACUUUAUAAAUU